AUGGAAGGGUAUCUCUGGAAGCGAGGCCGCAAGGUUCCUAGCAUGAAGCGAUACUAUGCCGUACUAAAAGGCACCAUGUUGUCCUUUUACCCCACUCAAGACGAAGCUCAACGUUCAGGGGCUGCGCCUAAACGAGUGGUUGAGAUAACUGACUUACAGAUGCCUUUAAGUUCUUUGUCCGAACCGACGCAUCCUUCACACAUCAUUCUCAAAUAUUUGGACGCAGAAGGUUGCGGCACACUUCAAUGUCGAGCAGAGUCAAUCGAGAUGCAACAGAUUUGGUUCUCGUCAGUGCAAUACGCACUUAAGGAACCUGAUCGUAUAGCAGAAGAAGAGAUUGCUGAGGCGCAGGAUGAGAUCAGUCGAGACGAAGAGCGUCACAGACAAGGAGUGCAACUUGCCACUGAAGCUGUGGAAGCAGCUGGACGACAUCACCGAGAACAGGCAAAUGUUGAAAAAGAAUUGCAACAGAAUCGUUUAAUAAUUGCUGGCCUUAACACAAAACUGGAGUCUGCAAAGACGCUACGAUAUGAGGCAAAAGAGAAACUACAGACGCUGAAAGAGACACUAGAGGAAGAGAUUGUACAGACUAAAAACUCUUCCAUAAAUCAAGAAAGGGAACGAGUAGCAGCCAAAGUGGAAGUGGCAGACAGUGUCGAGGCUACUUAUAGACGACAUAUUGAGUUGCUGCAAGCACAAAUCAAAGACAUUUCAAAUGAGCAGCUAAUCCUCGUGCAACGGGUGCAAAAGUGCAUGGAAGAGAGCAAAAAUCUUCGUCAAGCGGCAACUAAAAGUUUGGAGGAUGCGCAAUUUUCAAAGCAAAGAACGAGACGCCUGGCGUCAUGGGAUGACGGUGCUGCAAGUACUCGGCGCUCGCAUCUAGAUCCAUUGGUGGAAGGAUAUUUACUUUGCCAACAUCCAAUGCGGACGACGAUGCACCGUCGCUACUAUGUUCUUACUGGCAACACGCUAUGUUGGUAUGCAGAUCAAGAUGCGUACGUACACAAGAUGGAAGCACCAAACGGCGUAUUACACGUAGCUGACGUGUCCGAGUGGGAUGGCAGAGUUCGAUCCACGUCUCCGAUUCGAAGAAUUGUAGUACCGUUCAGUACAUCUCCUCGGACUCGAAUGAACGAGCAGUACCCCAAUACUUUUGCGGUGCUUACCGUUGAAGGAAAGACACUACAUUGUAGUGCACCACUCAUGAAGGACCAAAAAGAAUGGAUGGCAGCUCUUCACAUUGGACUCACCAUGCCUCCUCUGUCUCCUCAUCGUGCUCGAGCCGCAAAGUCGCGUCGAGAUUCCUUCGACUUGUUGGCAGCCACGCCGCCAUCGCCAAAACGACAGAGCUAUGAAAAUGUAACAAAAGCAGUGGCAAACGAAGCAGGAAACAUUGCUACAAAUUUUGCAUCCUCGAACAAAGUGAGAUCGGAAGUGGUUGUUGAAGGCUAUUUGGUCAUUAAGACGUCGGAAGAGAAGUUAAUGAAGAAUCGGUACUGCGUACUUCGAGCACUAACCCUUUACACUUUUGCCACACAUCAAGAGAUAUCGAGUAACACUAGCACAUUAAAUAUCGUUAAAGUUUCGAAAUGGGAUGGACAUGCUCCGAUACUACAUUACGACCACGGAUUUAUACUACAAACGAGCCAACUUCAAAGUAUUCACUGCAGUGCACCUAGCUCUGAGGAGAUGAAACGCUGGAUUGAUGGUGUACAACAAGCCACAGAGGAAAAUCAUCCUAAUGAUAAGCGUGACAGUCAGGUAGCACUGCAAUCUGUAGCAACAGAUCAAGAGGAUUGGGUAACGAAGCAGCUUUCAUAUGAUUCCGCACAAAAUAAAUUUCUGGUCGUAUUGCAACAAUACUAUAGUGAGCAUAGUCCUAGCAAGUUAAGCGAUGUUCCGAUGCUUCUGACGCGGUAUCAAGGACGUGAACAAGCACUCGUCGAGCACUUGGACCGUCUUUACGGUACGUCAAUGGGUGAAAGUAGCAUUGUGCAAAAUUGUUUAGCAUUUCUAGUGACACAAUCGCCGUCACCUCCUGCCAUAUUGCCUCAAAGUAUUCCUGAUCCCUUGGAAGCUCAUUCGGGUGAUUACUCCGACUGGCUUACGUGGAAUAACGACUCCACCCCAAGUUAUUGUGUUCUGUCUGGAAAUCGUCUUGGGCGCUUUGAUUCAGAAGCUCGUAGUAGAGCUGAUGCACCACUGAACGUAUUUUUAGUGACUGGAAUUCAUGACUAUCCAGUGCCGUCACCAACGAGGAGUGGGACGAGACUAGAAAAUCAAAGGUUGCAAUUUUUCAUAUCAGGUGGAAACGAAUGCUUGAAGUCGUCUAUCGAGUUGCUGGUUCUCCAGGCAACGUCAACUGAAGCAAAGCAACAGUGGAUGACAAGAUUGCAAAAUUCUAUAGCUUCAGUGCCUAAGGCUUCGGAAUCAAUUGUUUUGCGAGAUUCUUCGUUUUCUUCAAAACAACCGCAACCUUCAAGUUUGCAGCGAAAAUUAGUUGAAUAUUACGAGUGUUAUAAUUUAAAACGAGUCAACGAUGUGGAAACAAUCCUUUCAGGCUUUGCAGGACGAGAACGACAAUUGUUGCUGGCUUUAGAUGCCACAUACGGCACUGAAGUCAGUUCGGAUUUAAAUUUUGCCGCUUUAUUGCCCCCAACUGGUCUGCCAAAUGCUACUUUCUACCGUGAAGGGUACCUGUCCGUAAACCAUCCACUCGUAAUACCAUCAUAUCGCAAGUGUUUUUGUGUCUUGAAUGGCACCACAUGGCAAUGUCUCGACAGCGUCAAUCGCAACAUUGUUAUAAUGUCCGAUGUGGCGGUGAAUUUACAUCCAGUGACAACAAAACUGGCUGAACAACUAGAAUUUCACUUAGAAACUCAGAAUAACGGUGUAAUUUUCCUUCGCGCUGAUGCUGUGGAGUUUUUCCACGACUGGACGCAAGUAAUAUGCACUAUACUGGCAAGGCAGUCAAAUGUGGACGUUGAUGGUGAGGAGCCGGUCAAAGAUGUGAUCAGUGCUCUUGAGCAACUACGCCUUCGAAUUGCAGCCGUUUUUGCAAAGUCUAAUCCCUUAAAGGUUAACGAGGUCGACUCGCUACUUCAGUCGUUUGAAGGGCGUGAGGGUGCGUUACUCAAACAAAUUGACACAGUCUACAAAAGCGAACUAGCCAUCGAUCCUGUGUGCACGUCUUUGUGUACUGUUCUCGCAACGAAUUUUGCCGAAAAUCAUCAGCGUAUAGUAUCAAACAAGUCAUUAGACGUUCCGUCAGAUGCAAAUAUUCUGAUGGAGGGUUAUCUAAUGAAACGCGGACACAAAAUUCCGUCCAUGCGAAAGAGAUAUUGUGUGUUGGUACGGAAUGAAUUGUCGUACUAUGUCACUCACGAUGAUAGUAAAAACCCUAACAGUGGUGCCACAACGAAUCGCUUGGGUUUUUUUCAUGUAGAUAUUGUGAGUGAUUGGCAUGGUAAAACUUCCACCCACACGUACAAACAUGCGAUGGAGCUCGAAACGAAGGACGGCAAAACAUUUUUUUGUGCUGCCUCUUCAGCAAAGGAUAAGCAAAAGUGGAUCGACGCAUUUCAUCAUGGAAUUGCACUUGUGCAACAGGAUCAGCGUCGUGAAAGGGAUGAUACUAGUGAAAGUGAGCACGACCGACGACUUCGAGAUCAAUUUCGCAGCAAAUUAGCCGAUUUCUAUCGUGUGCGAAACCCAUCGAAGCUCAUUGAUUUGGAUUUGCUCUUGAGCUGCUACUCUCUGCGUGAGUUCGCACUUCUUCAAGCUAUUGAUGAAGCUUAUGGAACGAAUUUAGCCACGGAUGAAAGUCUUUUAACUCUCAUACCACCUCAUCAGAAAGAGGUCACAGCUCUUGCAACCUUAAAAUUAGAUGGAUACUUGAAAAAGACAUCGAGUAACAUCUCGAGGGUGCCUUGGAAACAAGUACAAAGUGUAUAUGUUGCUGUUGAUGGUUUAUGUAUGAGUCUGUAUGCUACACGUGAGGAAUUUCAAAGUCGAAGUGCUGGAGCAAAAGAAGAUAUGCUUAUUUUGGCUAUUAAAGAUGAUAAUGAUGUCGUUGCAAACAAUUGUUUCGCAGUGGAGACAAGUGACCAUGAAUGGCUACAUUUUAAAGCUAGUGAUGCUAUGGAAAAGCGAGUAUGGGUACAAGUGCUACGUGCAGCCUUAGACACGGUCUUGGCUCAGAGUAUAUUAGCGGAGGAGCACCGUCUAAUCGGCAGCGAUGAUUCCGAUAUUACCGAACAGGGAUUCUUGCUAUUGCGAAUGGAUUUUGAUUGUUCUCAAGUUAUGCAUUGGAAACGUAGAGAAGUGGCGACUGCACUUGAAGAAUGCAGUGUGGCACUGGAAAAUGGCAACGAGAUUGUGAUAAGGGGACUGACAAAAGGAGGAGAGACGCAGACCCGAUUUACGGUCUUGAACACUCGAGCGUGGAUUCCUGGAGCCCGUUGUUGGCCAGUGAUUGCAGGAAAUCGAGCACCUCGUUUUCCUUUUCAGAUUGUUACGCAAGAACAAUUUAUACUCAGUUGCAGUGCUGCCACGGAUGUAGAACGAGCAGAUUGGAUUCGUCACCUUCGAUAUGGAGCAGAACAAGCUGCAGCAUUGGAACUGAUUGAGGACCAAUUGCUGGAAAUCAAAGCGCCCUUGUCUCCUGGACAUAAAAGUCUCAUAGAAAGGCAAAAGCAAGAAGUAAGUGAUCCUAGGGUCGUCGUAUCACCUCAAGCAGUUGUCGCCCAACUCCAAACGAAUCACGAGGUCCUGAUGACUGGAUAUCUGUCCCUUCAUCCAGAUUCUUCUUUACUUUUUUCUGAUAUAAGUGGAUAUACUCAAAAGCCGCACGACUUUUUCGUUGUUUUGGAUGUACGAGCAAUUGUUGCUAUCUAUACAGAUGAAAGCUCGUAUUUUCACCAGUUCGCGCCAAUUUAUAAAGCACAAGCAGUUGAGUUGCCUGACAAUGGGGCAUUUGUUCGUGCGCGCCCGCACAGUUCAAAGAUGCUGUCAAGGGUACAGCAAUUCUUUCCCGAGGCUACUGGCGAUGGUUCAUUGUCUUCCGAUACAUUUACUGUCGUGCUUCGAGUUCUAGAUGAAAGCAACGAUACAACUGCGAGCGACAAAGUAAAGAAUAGUGAGACUUUGACAGCUUUCCUCACUGCUCAAUCGCAACAUGAUCAAUGGAUGAAUGCAUUUGCCGAAGGGAUCAAUUAUGCUAAAAGCCUGGCGACUUAUAGGGAUGAGAAAGUUUUGCUGUCAUUUGCAGAGGGGAUGCAAGAAUCUUCUGAAGACAUAGCAAUAGGCAACGUAACUAACAGCAAUAGUUGUCAGGGUGCAGAGAAUAUCAAUGACAGUGGAUUUGAUGAGAUAUCGAUGACUUCAAACGGCAGUAAUAUAGAUGCAAAGAGGUCGAAUUUCGCCUUUACGACUGCAGCUAUGGAGGGUAUCUUGACUCCGUGGCAGAUGUCUGGAUCUCAUAUUCGUAGCUCACAAAUGAAAGCAACAGUACCAGUAUACGCAGUUCUCAUUGGCUGCCGUUUGCGUUGUUAUUCCUCUCAAGAAGCUGCAGCAACUGCUGCUUCUAUAUCUGCAUCAAGCCAAGAUCUGACUUUGUCAGUGGAUGACCAGCCUCCGUCUCUUGACAUCGAAAUCACAGCAUGUUCAUCGUGGGAAGCGCCGACUACAUCCUGGUUGGCGCUAAACAAGGAACCUAAAACUUCUGGACUGAAGAUUCGCGUUAAAAAAUUUCGUUGCAAUUUAUACUUCACUGCACCAACCGUUGACGCAAAAAAUCAGUGGAUCCAAGCAAUGCACCAUGAACUUCAAUAUGAUACAGAACGAUUGCUGCAUUUUUCAGAGCGACAAUUCACUCACGAUGUGACAGCUCAUCUUGCUGCAGUCACAGAUGAUGAAAGUGACAACACAUUCGGCUCUACCGAUAAAAGAAUACGAAAUCAAGGAUAUCUUCAAGUGCGGACCCAAAGUGUAGGAUCCACUUGGCAUGAGCGCUUUGUAAUGCUCGACGAUAGCACGUUAACAAUUUAUUCAGAAAAGUGUGGCAUGGAUGACUGGAGCGAAGAGGAGUUGUUCAAUAUGGCAAUGGAAAAGCACAAAAUUGUAGGAGUGAAUAAUUGGCAUCCAGUAUUUACUAGCCUGGGUCGAAAUGUUCCACAGACAGGCUUUCGAGUUGAGACAAGCAAUGGUGUUUAUUUGGAGAUUAUCGCAAAGACAUCAGAACUCGCAUCUCAAUGGAAAAGUGACAUUACUGCUGCAACGACAAAGGGAAUGACAAAAUCCUCAAUCUCUCGUGAUGCUACUUUGCCAUUUAUAUCUGGUGCUCGAAUGGAAGGUUAUCUGCAGGUGAAAGACAGGCAUAAAUCUGUCAAAAGAGGAGUCAAAAUGAAAUCGUUAAAGCGCUGGAAAUUCCGCUAUUGCGUUCUUAUGGGAUCUCAUUGGCUUGUAUACGCGAAUCAAGCUCAAGCAGUUUCGUCAAAACAAGCGCCUAGUCCUGUGGCAAUAUACGAGCUGCUUGGGAUAGCAAUUGAUAAUGGCGGUGACAGCACCUCCACAAAUACGUUUAUAAUUCGCGUAGAUGGAGAAAGACAAUUCAAGUGCAGAGCUCGAUCAGGUGUCGAGUGCAAAUGUUGGGUGAAUGCUGUUGAAGAUGAGGUAUUAGUCCAGAAAAAAACGGCUGAAUACGUUGAGAAGUCGAUAAAGGAUCAUGAAACGGAAGAAGCUGCUCGUAAUGCUAUCAAGAGCAAAUUCUACGAGGUGAAGUCGGAUGCCAGACGCUUGUCGAUGCUUCUUGGAGAAGCGAUACAAAGUGCCAGCGGAGGAUUGAGCAGCAGCGAAGACGACGAUGAUGUUGAAGAUGAGUUCACGCUGCAUGAGCGAUCAAGAUCGAAAAAUAUGGAUGGCUGUCCAGACAUGUUGUCGAUCGAUAAGAUCGAUAUUGAGCCCCAACAGAAGGAUUUUUCAAUCCUAAGUUUCUUUACGUAUUGUUUCCGGUGCAUUCCCUCAAGCUCGGCCGAAACGAAUGGCAGAAAUAAGAUAAUACCUCUGGGUAUUCCUGGAUACUCCUCGACUGCGGCAGCAUGUGACCCGUUGUACACUUGUGAUUACUUCGAGAACGAUGGCUACCGUGAAUUGCCACUAUAA